CGCUCGGGAGCGUGUGGAGUGGAGGCAGGAGGGCGCCAAAUAGGAAGAGCUGCCUCCAACAAUAACAAACCACAUAAACGGGACUCUUAUCCCAUCUUCAGCUUAACUUAUGAGUGACUUGACCCGUCGACCCCUCUCGCACAGAGACGGAACAACGCGCUGCCUGCACGAGGACAGAAGCUGAAAGGAAUUGUGUUUCUCUUCAGACAUGGAGGCAGACCAUGUAAGCAUAUGGCCGCGUAUGGAACCCUUCCUACUGGGUGCCCUGCAGGUGGCCCCCUCUUCCAAGCUCAGCCUGCACUAUCUUCGAAAGAUGGCGAUCUACGUGAGAACCCGUGAUGGUUGCUUCCCUGUUUUGGGCUGGCCCAUGUGGAGGCAUAUCGCAUGUGGAAAGCUACAGCUUCCAGAAGACCUCGCUUGGCUCUACUUUGAGACUUUUGACCUUCUUAUUGGCCACAAACCUGAGGAGAGGUUGGAGUGGGCAGAGUGUCUUUCUCAGUGCACUUCCAAAAGCGAGCUGGACCAACAAAGGAACAAGUUGUCUGUGGACACACUGCAGUUCCUCCUCUUCCUCCACAUCCAGCAGAUCAACCGUGUGUCUCUGCGCACCUCUCUGAUCGGUGAAGAGUGGCCCAGUCAUCGUACUCGCUCCCCCUCUCCAUCAGACCGAGAGGCCAAGACCAGCUCCCAGAACAAGAACUGGGAUGACCAGGCCCACUUGUCAUUUGUGCAGAGCCAUCUAGCUGAGAUUUUGGAGCUGCUGGUGGAGCCAGGCCAGCUGUCAAACUCUGGACAGGCCCUGCGUGACUGCCAGAUACCCCUGGAGGCUGUGCGGAGCUUGGGCCUGCUCUUGGAGGGCUCAGUUUGCCAUGGCAGAGUUGUUCAGCCUGUCCAUAGGCUGCUGACCAAAGGCCCCCUCCAGACACCAGCUGGCUAUUCCGCACUCAACCGCUCCUUCCCCCUGCACAAGCUACUUUCCUGUCUCCAACACAGCCUCACACUCAACCCUUUUGGGAUAACCGCCUGCUUGCGCUCAGGAAAGAAACUAGCCUGGGCCCAACAAGUGGAGGGGGCCAUGAAGAGAGCCAACAUAGCCCGGAACACACAUAUGGCUCCACCUGGCAGUAAGAUGGUACUGAUGUCCCAGGUCUUCAAACAGACCCUGGCUAAAACCUCAGACAAGCUGACUGCUGCCAACAUCAAAAUCCACAGAUGCUCAGAUGCCUUCAUAUACCUGCUCUCACCCCUCAGAUCAGUCAGCGUGGACAAAUGCAGAGACAGCACGGUGGUUCUGGGUCCUGUUGAGACCAGCGUCCACAUCCACAGCUGCCAGAACGUGCGGGUAGUGUGUGUGGCAGGCAGGAUCGCUGUCGGAGCAUCCUCGCGUUGCACUAUCCACGCCUUGACGCCCACCCGCCCUGUGCUGCUACCUGGAAACACGGACAUUACCCUGGGGCCUUUUCACACUUUCUACCCUUCCUUGGAGGAUCAUAUGGCUAGUGUGGGGCUGGCUGUAGUCCCCAAUGCCUGGGAUCAGCCCUUGCUUCUGGGGACUGAGGGCCUCGUCAACCCGUCACUCAACACGUCGUCCAACCCAGACCCUGCUUGCUACCGUCUUCUGCCCCCAGCUGAGUUUCACACUCUGGUUGUGCCUUUCCAGAUGGAGGGAGACACAUGUGAGGUGCCGGGGGGAUUGCCUCCUCCAUAUCAGGCAGCACUUGAUGAAAAGCAGAAGAGGAUACAGAACUGGCAGAGGACUGUGAUGGAGGCCCGGCUGAACAAGGAGCAGAAGCGUCAGUUUCAGGAGUUGGUGGAGGUCAAGUUCCAUGAGUGGCUUCUGGAGACGGGGCACAGGCAGGAACUUGACAGCCUUAUCCCACCCACGAUAGCCCCUACAAAGGCCUCUGAUGGGCCUGCAAUGGACACGCCCCGAGUUAAUGAAAACAAAUACAUUAGGACUGGACAGGCAGUGGGACAGUCACCUAUGGCUUGUUGAAUUGUUGGGUUUUUCUUGUUUGGGGCUUUGACAGCAGGAUAAUUGUGCCUGUAAAUUAAGGUAGCAUGACAAUACGCACAGUCUGGAUCUACUUGGUCUUUUUGAGCUUCUGUAAGUUCUUACAAAAUGAGGAAGAUAUUUACUGCAAGUGUUAUUAUUUGUUUGUGGUUAUUUACAAGUUAUUCUAGCAAGCCUGGAGCUACCAAUGCAACUUUGAUCAAGCUUUGUCCCACUCAUUCUUCAGUAGAAGGCUGGUAUGGGCUGCUUUACAUUCUCUUCUUAAGAAAAGGCAGCUAAGUCCUUAACGUGUUUAAGCCAAGGAGGGAGUGGAUUGGCAUGUUGUAAGACAACAUCCCAAGCACUGCUCUUCUGAUGGGAGGUGUAAAAAAACAUGGGUGUAGCAUCUGUCAAGUCAUCACAAGUUUACAAGAGGACAUUUUGAAUAAGUUUAGAUCUGGGUUACUGCAUGCUGUCAUUUUUGCAGUCACUGGAGCCAGACAAUCUAAAUUAUGUCAAAAAAAAAGGGCAAAGCUGAGGAGGGAAUACAGAAAACACCAUGAUUGACUGUGAUAGGCUGAGAAAUCUCAGUCAGACAGACAUCCUAACACAUGUUCUCAAGGCAUUAAUAGCUCCUUAAUGUAUAAUAAUUCGAGAUAAAUCUGCAUGAUGAGACAGUUUGGCAAUUACAAUGAACAACUCAGUGUUCUGGGGUAAAAAAGUUAAAAAAGUGUCCAGUGAUUGCCAGCAUUUCUUCCCGAACUAUGCCCAAAUGUCUAGACUACAUGCUACUGUCUGUAUAAAAAAUACAACAAAAAACUACGCUGCUAUACUAUGCUGUGCUGUUUUUUGUUGAGAAAAAAGUAUAUAUAUUUUCAUUAAGGGAAGUUGGCAUGUGCUGGAGAAUGUAGAUGCUAAAUAAAUUUGGCGCUUUGGGUAUGAAAGACAAGUUAGUGCACCUAGUUACUAGCAUUUUUCAGUGUUAUUGAGUAUAAAAAAUAGAAACAAGGUUGUAAACAGUUUUUUUUUCUAUUUAGAAAGGAAGAUAUAUUAAUAUAAUUUAUUGCAGGUACAAGUGAUUGCACAAUCUAAAACUUGAUUUUUAGGUCAUUUUUUUUUUACCUUUAUUCAACAUUUGAAGGUGCAGAGAGGCAGGAAACAGUAGACAAAUGAAGUUCAACAAAGGUCUGUGGAUGUUGCAGUUAUAUGGUAUGUGUGUUAACCUGCAGGCUACACUACCGUCCAAAACUUUGAUAAAUUUUAAGUAUGUAGAGGGUUAGUCAACAGUGAAUAACAUAGAUACUUGUAGCUGCACUGCUCUCUAUGGGCUGAAUCUUUCAUGCCUGUCGAAUUUCUUGCCACACCCAAUUGUGACACAUAUACAGUAGGUGUUUUCACCAGUUGUCAAAGACAAAUGUCUGCUCUGACAUCAAUGACUCGGAUGUGACCACAAAAACAACAUGAAUGACAGCAGCACCUGUGAUUUUGUGCAGAUUUAUCCUUAAUUUUUCAGUACAACAGAAACAGCUGACUCUGCCCAUCUGGGCUAUUUUUUAACUUGACAUGGUUAGUUUGCAGAAUUGCUGCCAAAUGUGCAUCAAUCUAAAAUGCAUAUUUUUGUAUGAAUAUGUAUAUUUUAGUAUUAUAGUGAGAUUAUUUGUCAUAAAUCUGCAUUGCCUACAGAACCAGCUUUUAGCAUUUGAUACCUCCAAGUGUACUUUAGGCUAUUAGCUUCCUGUUUCCACAUUUCCACUCAUUACAGCAUGCUAAAUAUUGGCACACAGAAUACACCACACAUUACUUACAACAGAGCAGCUGCAUGUGUCUUCAAGGCAACAUCCUAUUAGAUAUGGGAAGUUAAGGAAAGGUGGACUUGAUAAAAAUGUACUGUUAAAUGUUUCAUAUUGGAGAAUAUUACUGUAUAGUUUUCAUAAUGCUGGAGUGUCUUGUAAUUUUCAAGAUGUGAUUACACUGUAAAAAGCCUUAAUGCUGUUACUUCUCAAACGUACCCUUUGAUUUGAACACAGCUGCCACUAUGCAGUUUCUGUAUAAAGAGCACUAUGGUUUUGAUUGUAAAAAGUAAAAUAAAAAUGAAUAAAGACUUUGACUAAAACCAAGUCA